AUGGUCAACUCCUGCUGUGGCUCUGUCUGCUCUGAGGAGAGCUGUGGCCAAGGCUGCUGCCAGCCCAGCUGCUGCCAGCCCAGCUGCUGCAGACCCAGCUGCUGUGUGUCCAGCUGCUGCAGACCCAGCUGCUGCAGACCCCAGUGCUGCCAGUCUGUGUGCUGCCAGCCUACCUGCUGUCGCCCCAGCUGCUGCCGCCCCAGCUGCUGUGUGUCCAGCUGCUGCAGACCCCAGUGCUGCCAGUCUGUGUGCUGCCAGCCAACCUGCUGUCGCCCCAGCUGCUGCCGCCCCAGCUGCUGCAUCUCCAGCUGCUGCCAGCCCAGCUGCUGCCAGACCACCUGCUGCAGGACCACCUGCUGCCGCCCCAGCUGCUGUGUGUCCAGCUGCUGCAGGCCCAGCUGCUGUGUGUCCAGCUGCUGCAGACCCAGCUGCUGUCAGUCUCUGUGCUGCCAGCCCACCUGCUGCCGCCCCACCUGCUGCAUCUCCAGCUGCUGCCGCCCCUGCUGCCGCCCCUGCUGCCAGCCCUGCUGCCAGCCCUGCUGCCGCCCCUGCUGCCGCCCCUGCUGCUGCCUGCGCCCAGUCUGUGGUCAGGUCUGCUGCCACAGCACUUGCUACCGCCCGACCUGUGUGAUCUCCACCUGCCCCCGCCCCAUGUGCUGCGCCACCCCUUGCUGCUGA